UCACUAGUCUUCCUCAGCGCAGCUGCGACACUCUCAAGUCUCCCAUCAGUCCGCUCUCCCCUCGCCGCUGCCCCGCAGAACAGAGUGCCGAGCCCCCGGACGAACUCACCUUUAGCGACCCUGUCAGCGAGCCUCAAGCCCCGGACAAUGCAACACCAGCAGAAUCAAAGCUUGACCGGAUAAGGAGAUUGUUGGAGCGGAGUAAAGGAAGGACGGACGCUGCUGUUGUUGGAGGUGGUGGUGUUGGUGGUUAUUGGAGAGGGUAGCGAGCAGCCCCGGAAGGUGUGUGACGACAUUACGCAACAUCUCCAAUUUGUCUGUGAUGAGCAUCCUCAUUGUGGGCCAGAGAACAAAGGGUUGAGAGCGACGGUCCAGAUGUGUGACCGUGUUUGCUUUGGGAGCGGAAUCAGAACCCUAUACGAUUUAUUUUGGACGGCGGCUGCUGUUGCUGGCCUGCCUGUGUUAUUCCCUCUGAGAGGAAGAGGAAGUGAUGUCACGCCACCACCACCGCUUCGAACGGGACUACCGGGCGCCCUGGGAGCGGAGGGACAUCCGCCCGUCGGCGGGCCUCCAUAAUGGGGGAGCCAAUCAUAGCUGUGCCUCUGCUGUCGUCGUCAACGGCAACAACCGCCCGGGACUCCUUCCCCUGCCUGUCAUCGCAUCCCUCCUGCCCACGCCGGCCACUGUUGCCGUGACAACAUCCAGCGGCGACAUUGCGGUCAAGCGAGGCAUCACGUUGGUGGGGUCAGUCGCGCAGGCCAAGGUGUCGUCGGGUGACAACCAAAGCUCAGGCUUGCUACUCGCUCCAGGGGUGAGGUGGGGACAGACGCCUAUCAACCAACUCACGCCGUGGGACACUGACGAGCCCCCCAGCAAGCAGCAUCGAGACGCCGAGACCACGGGUCCCAGCUGGGUGGCGCCGGUCGCCACCAUCAGCCAGCCCAGCCUCCUCCCCCACACCUACGCCCUUUCUCAACCGCCCUCUUACAAUCACAGCAUAACCGCCCAGUCCCCCAUUAUCGGGGUGACACCCUCCAUCCAGACGCCGGUACCCCCGCAGCACCCGCUCAUGACCGCCCACUUUCAGUUGACACCUCAGUCCACCGCUCAGCCGCCCGCCAUGGUCCUCAGCAUGCCCAGCCAUCCGCCGUACGCCUCUGCCGCCCAGGUGGUUCACCCCGGCCCUCACAGCAUGAUGGGCAAUGGCCACUUGAGCUCUCACCCGGGCCUCAUUCAGCUUCCUACGGUGCCUCUCACCAACGGGCAGGCGGCCGCCACCCAUGCCCCGCUCUCGGUCGACAGUCAGGACGCACCUAAUGGGCUGCAGAUGCUGCGGACGGUCGGGAUGGGGAAGUACGAGUUCAGUGAUCCGGGACACCCAAAAGAGAUGUUGAAGGAGCUGAACCAGCAGCGCAGAGCGAAAGAGUUUACAGACCUGAAAAUAAUUGUUGACGGCAAAGAGUUUGAAGUCCACCAAAAUGUUCUAGCUUCCUGCAGCUUGUAUUUCAAGGACUUGGUCAAAAGGUCGUCGGGUGAAACGCGCAACGGCGAGAUGCUGAAGCUGAGCAUGAGCAACAUCGCCGCCGACGUGCUGCAGCAGCUGCUGGAGUUUGUCUACACGGGCUCGCUUGUCAUCGACUCGGCCAACGCCAAGACGUUGCUGGAGGCCGCCAACAAGUUCCAGUUUAGCACCUUCUGCAAAGUCUGCGUGUCCUUCCUAGAGAAGCAGCUGACGGCAGCAAACUGUCUGGGAGUGUUGGCCAUGGCUGAGGCUAUGAGUUGCACGGAGCUCCACAACAUGGCCAAAGCCUUUGCAUUGCAGAAUUUCCCUGAGGUAGCGGGCCAGGAGGAGAUCCUGAGCGUGUCCAAGGAGGACCUAGUGGCCUAUUUGUCCAACGACAGCCUCAACACAAAAGCAGAGGAACUGGUUUACGAGACGGUCAUCAAAUGGAUCAAACGGGACUCCAGCUCCAGAGUUCAGCAUUUGUCUGAGCUGCUAGCGGCCGUGCGUCUGCCCUUCAUCCACCCGUCCUACCUUCUCAACGUGGUGGACAAUGAGGAGCUCAUCAAGUCGUCCGAGGCGUGCAGAGACCUUGUCAACGAAGCCAAGCGCUACCACAUGCUGCCUCACGCUCGCCAGGAGAUGCCGACCCCCAGGACCAGACCCAGACUCUCUGCAGGUGUGGCCGAGGUCAUUGUCCUGGUGGGGGGACGCCAGGCCAUUGGCAUGGGCCAACGCUCCCUGACGGCGGUCACCUGCUUCAACCCGCAGAACAGCAAGUGGUACCCGCUGGCCAGCCUGCCCUUCUACGACCGCGAGUUCUUCAGCGUCAUCUCGGCCGGCGACAACAUCUACCUGUCAGGUGGAACGGAGUCCGGGGUGAUGCUAGCAGACGUGUGGUGCUACAUGUCGCUGCUGGACAACUGGAAUCUGGUGUCCCGGAUGACGGUGGCUCGCUGCAGACACAACAGUCUGGUCUACGACGGAAAGCUCUACGCCAUCGGAGGCCUGGGAAUUUCAGGGAAUCUGGACCACGUGGAGAGGUAUGACACCAUCACCAACCAGUGGGAGACGGUGUCGCCGCUGCCCAAGCCGGUUCACUCGGCGGCGGCCACAGUCUGCGGCGGCAAGGUGUACGUGUUUGGCGGCGUCAACGAGGCAGGCCGCUCGGCGGGGGUGCUGCAGUCCUACGUGCCACAGACUAACACCUGGAGCUUCAUAGAGUCGCCCAUGAUAGAUAACAAAUACGCACCAGCAGUGAGUCUCAAUGGUCUGGUGUACAUCCUGGGAGGAGCCUACGCCAGGGCCACCACCAUCUAUGACCCCGACAAAGGAAACAUCAAGGCGGGGCCCAACAUGAACCAUUCCAGACAGUACUGCAGCGCCGUGAUCCUGGACGGGAAGAUCUACGCCACGGGCGGCAUCGUCAGCAGCGAGGGUCCGGCGCUGGGCAACAUGGAGACGUUUGACCUCUACGCCAACACGUGGACGCUGCUGCAGUCGCUGCCGUGCCCGCUCUUCAGACACGGCUGCGUGGUCAUCAAGAAGUAUAUCCAGAGCAGCUGAUGCACCAACACCACGCAGUGGUGCCAAAGACACACCAGCCAGGGGUCCUCCACUGCUUGUGAGACACGGUGUAGCUUUGGUCUGGCGCUCGUUUGAGGACGCCAGCGUCAUGCCCCCCACCCUCUUCUAAAAACACCCUGUGCAGAAUGUACUGGACUUGUCAUGUCGGUGGUCCAUCAUUGCAUCACCGGGCGCAGGCAGGGACCCUCUUAGUAAACCACCUUACUUCUCCAUCCUAUUUAUUUGUAGUUGCUGAAUGUUUCAAGUCCCAUUAGUGACAUCUAGAGGAUGGGAGGGGAAGGACUUGUAUCCAUGAGGACUAACAUGUCAGGUGUUCUUCAAGAUGCUCCCCCUCCACCCCGCUGAUCAGAGGACUACUUUGGGGGAAAAAAGCACAAUAAUCACAUGUGACUGUUAUCAUAUAUCUUUUUUUUUUCCUUAGCUCCCUUCUUUCUGCCUUGUUUGUUUUUGAUACAAGUGUCAUUGCAGCCCACCACCAUUGUAAGUACUGUAGGUAGGUGGGCUUCUUUAAAUACAGGAAGGACAAAUGUAUAUUUUGAAAACCAGGAAGGCAAUUCUGUAUCAAAUGUUUUUUUUCUUAAAAAAAAAAAGUUGUACGUCUGUAAAUCUGUAUCCAAAAAAAAAACAAACUAACAAUUACUACUAAAAUCUAGUCAAUAUAGAAAAAAUAACUGUGUUGUCAUUGUUUAGUGGAACAUUUUUCUUUUUCUCUUAGUGAUGAUGCAGCCACAAAGCAUUUAUCACAGUAGUAUGAACAUGUUCAAUAUUUACCAUCAAAACUAUUCAUGAAAGCCUAUGGCUCCCGAGUAAUCACUCCUUCUGAAAUAUAUUUAUCCAGGACAGGUGUCGGUAACCCAAAAUGUUGAAAGAGCCAUAUUGGACCAAAAAAAUUAAGAAAAAUCUGUCUG